CAUUGCAACUCUACAAACCCGCACACCUUCUACCCUCUCGCAUCCUCUACACAUACCACAUCUUUCCAACCUUCUUACGCGCACGCACAAGAAUACUUCAAGUCCACUAGAUCUUUCUGCCAGUACUCCGUACCAGCCCAUUGAUCGCCUCCGACUUAAGCACUUCUUGAAGAAGGCUCAUUCGACAUAUCGAGCACAACAAACGAACAUACUAACCAACAACUACCAGGAACCAUUAGGUUGAGUCUCUUGGAGCUCGUUCGAUAUACCGAACCUCUUAUCAUCGAUCGAUACAUUUACUUGUCUUUCGACCGAGAUCAUACCCCCGAUAUUGCAAGAUGGCAACCGCAGUAUCAACCCCCAUCAAGUCCCACAUGGGACUUUUCUCCUCCCGUACCGCUGGCGGACGGAUGCCCUUGACACCUUCUCCCCGCACACGCACGGCAACAAUGUCGAAUAACAACUCAUCUCCUUUCACACCCGAGAGAAAGACAUUGGACAAUGAGAGCAUCAAGUCAUCUAAGUCAACAUACGGGGGAAAUCUAUCGUCACACUUCACGAAGUCGGCAUCAAGAACCACUCACCGUGACUCGCCAAAGUCUAAUAUCGCCAGAAACGCACAAACACCUCGUCGUGCUCUGGAACUCGGUGUCUCGGACUUCGCCCUUACUGGUACUGGUGCCAAGACUCCCAGCAGCAGUAAAUCACGAAAAGGUCCUCUUCGACAGAAGUCUACCAAGACUACACUCUCAUACGGCGAUCGAUUUAUUCCCAAUCGUGCAGCAAGCUCAGCUAUUGCGACUGUCGGCUCAGGCAAGCUCGAGCACAGCGACAAGCAGCGACCAAAGACAAGUAGCGGAGAAAGCUCAAGUGUCUUGGCAUCCGGUGCGGAUGAUGCAUUAGCAGCACUUGGAUCACUGUCAUUGAACGAUGAUGAUGAGCCAUCUACAUACAGCCGACCAUCACCAAACACUGUUGCAUACCAAGACUCUCUUGCGUCAGCUUGCGGCGUCUCUCUCAAUCAACGAAUCCUUGCUUUUAAGCCAGCUCCUCCCGAGUCAUCAAAGCCUGUCGACCUUCGAUCCCAAUACAACCGACCCCUUAAGAAUGCAAAUGCUGCGUCUGCACAAUUCAGACGUCGUGUUGCUACAGCCCCUGAACGUGUCCUCGAUGCUCCUGGCCUUGUUGACGACUACUACCUGAACCUUCUUGAUUGGUCUUCUGGCAACCAAGUCGCCAUCGGUCUCGAGCGCAACGUCUAUGUCUGGUCAGCCGAGUCUGGAUCGGUCAGCUCCCUCUUGGAGACCAGCCCAGACACCUACGUCAGCAGCGUCAAAUGGUCCGGCGAUGGAGCAUAUGUCAGCGUUGGACUUGGUACAGGAGAAGUUCAGAUCUGGGAUGUUGAGGAAGGCACAAAGCUCCGAAGCAUGCAUGGCCACGAUACUCGUGUUGGCGUUAUGGGAUGGAACAAACACACUUUGUCAACUGGUGCUCGAUCAGGUCUUGUCUUCAACCACGAUGUACGAGUCGCAGAGCACAAGAUUGCUGAGCUAGUCUCUCACACAUCCGAAGUGUGUGGUCUGGAAUGGCGCGCAGAUGGUGCUCAACUUGCUACCGGUGGCAAUGACAACCUCGUCUCCAUCUGGGAUGCUCGUUCAUUGGCUGUUCCCAAGUUCACCAAGACAAACCACAAGGCUGCAGUGAAGGCUCUCAGCUGGUGCCCAUGGCAACCAAACGUGCUCGCUACUGGUGGUGGAUCAUACGACCGUCAUAUCCACUUCUGGAACACAACCACUGGUGCUCGUGUCAACAGCAUCGAUACUGGUUCUCAGGUGACUUCUCUUCGAUGGAGCCCUCAUUACCGUGAGAUUGUCAGCACCAGCGGCUUCCCCGACAACUCGCUCAGCAUCUGGAGCUACCCCACUUUGGUUCGCAAUGUUGAGAUUCCUGCUCACGAGACCCGAGUCCUUCACAGCUGUCUCAGCCCGGAUGGACAAAUGUUGGCUACAGCUGCUGCCGAUGAGAGUCUGAAAUUCUGGAAGAUCUUUGAGAAGAAGGCUGGCGCAAGCUCUUCUGCUGGUGGAUCAGGUACUUCUGGAAAGGCAGAUAUGGUCAAGCAAAUGACUAUCCGCUAGGUGAAAGUCAUCGAGCUCUCCUUAGAGCGCGGUAAAGUAUAAGGACGGUUCCAUACUGGCAUUAGCGGGUUGGAUUUUAUUCAGCGUGGAGUUGGGGAGUUCUGCUUCUGCCCGCGCCCGAAAGUGCUUCACCCGGCGAAUUAUGCUUUGACGAUGGAUGACUGAAAGGGAAUACGGGACGGACUUUCUGCUGGCUGGCUUUUAUCAUAAGUCGGGCAUUUGUACUUAGAACUAACAAUGAGUAUUGUAAGAGUAUUGAUGGAUUACUUCAACUUCCAGCUUUU